CACACACCAAGGCACGACAAAGAAGAAGACAUCUUCGUUCCUCUCGUUUAUUCAAGAGAAAAGAAUGCAACCACGUCAGCAGCAGCUAUGAUAUGAGAAGCUGGUUGUUUCGCGUCUCGUUUUUGCUUUUGCUUCCCUUUUUGUUUUUGACCCUUCUCUGUGCCUGCGAUCUCUGUACCCAGACUGGGCCAUCUUAACUAUCUUAUGUCCCUAAAUUAACCCUUUAGGCUGUUUGUAUUUGCAUGCUAGUCGACAUCCAAUCAGUGACCGCUCCGACCUUUUUCCUGACAGCAACUGAAGAAUCACACGUCUAUCCGGCACCGAUGUGUACUAAGGCUAUGGGACGGUCGUUGCAUAAAUUGACCGCAUGGCUGCGUCGUUUCUACACCAACAACGGUCGUCGAGAGAGCGACUGUCAUCCGAAGCGACCUGACUCAGAAGAGUCAGACUUGAGCACCAACAAGAAGUUGGAGUCGAGGACUUCCAGUGAUACAGAGACAGAGUUUGUCCAGCACCAUACCCUUGUCAGAGCGAGCACGAUGGCCAACCAAACAUUUGGACCCGUUUCUCCCACAAGAGCGAGAACUGGAGCGCCGGACAGCGAGGAAUAUAAGAAGAUGGUAGCAGGACUGACUUUCCGAGUCAUCUCCUGCCCUGUGCUUCAAGCUAAGAAACUUGAGGCACGACAGUUCUGUGCCAGGUACAAUGUUGACGAUGAUAUCCUAAAGGACGACACGAUACCCUUGCAUGAGCUCUUUAUGGGGCUACGCAAAGAGCGUGAGCGUUUGCUACGCACAGUCAUUGGAACCGUUGGCCAAGGACCCGUCAUUGAACCCCCAUUCCACUUCCAGUACGGCUGUAAUAUCACCAUUGGUGAUUCAUUCUAUGCAAACGUGAAUCUACGAAUCAUGGACAGUGGGCUUGUUUCUAUUGGUAAUCGAGUUCUAAUCGGACCGAACGUCACCAUUGUGACUGAGCUCCAUGAGAAGGAAAUCAUGUCUCGCAGGAGUGGAAAGGUGUUCGCCAAAUCGGUUACGAUCGAGGAUGACUGCUGGAUAGGGGUCGGAACGACCAUUCUUCCCGGCGUAACGAUAGGCAAGGGCUCAGUCAUCGGCGCUGGGUCUAUUGUCACCAGAGACAUUCCCCCAGCUAGUGUGGCAUGGGGCAAUCCAGCGCGGGUUGUAGAACCAGUCAACGACGCUGGCGCGGUCUUCGCUGGGAUCAAUUAGUGGUUUUCUGCGGUCCAUCACGUUUAUCGUCAGAUACUGGCAUCUUUUUCAAUGCUACAGACUUUAUUUACAUCUACAAGAGAAUGAUUGCAUACGGUCACCGGAUGAUACGGCGUUGAGGGAUCAUAUCUGCGGGGUAUAUAUACUGGCAUGCUUGGGUUUCUCCUACACUUGCCUCUUUUUUCUUUUUUACGAAUUUCGGGCUCGUCGGAACUUGGAUUACAUUUACUCCUGGCUCUGAUACACGCCGGUAUCUUAGCCAGGAAGGAGAUUGCGCGUCGUGUACAAAUGCAGUUUGCAUAUACCUAUGGAGUAACUAGAUCUUGGACAAAAUCUCAAUUCUCUACCUACCAAUGAAUGUUAAAGUUUCGGAUCUC